GGUGAAUUGUUAAACCCCUGCCGCUGCGAUGGGUCAGUACGAUACACACAUCAGCUUUGCCUGUUAAAGUGGAUAAGUGAAAGAGGGUCAUGGACCUGUGAACUCUGCUGUUACAGAUAUCAUGUAAUAGCCAUUAAAAUGAAAAAGCCUUGCCAGUGGCAAAGCAUUACUAUAACACUGGUUGAGAAAGUGCAGAUGGUUGCUGUAAUCCUAGGAUCUCUGUUCUUAGUAGCAAGUGUGACUUGGCUUCUAUGGUCAGCCUUCAGCCCUUAUGCAGUAUGGCAAAGAAAGGACAUCCUUUUUCAAAUCUGCUAUGGAAUGUAUGGUUUUAUGGAUCUAGUAUGCAUAGGGCUGAUAGUACACGAAGGUGCAUCUGUUUAUCGAGUGUUUAAGCGCUGGAGGGCUGUGAAUCUACACUGGGAUGUGUUAAACUAUGAUAAAGCCAUGGACAUAGAGCCAGAGGCAUUACAAUCUGUUAUAUCUCUAUUUGCUCUCAAAUUGCAUCCAUUGACAUUUUGGCUGAUAGUACACGAAGGUGCAUCUGUUUAUCGAGUGUUUAAGCGCUGGAGGGCUGUGAAUCUACACUGGGAUGUGUUAAACUAUGAUAAAGCCAUGGACAUAGAGGAGAGCAAUCGAAUCCUCAGCAUCAGGAAGGACAUUGUGGUUACCACUGACUGCAUUUAG